AUGGAAGUGGUUGAAGGUUUACCGAAGAAAGCGGACUUCGAUAAAUAUCUGUCGGUGUUGGAGAAAACUGUUGCUUUUGUUAAUGGACACCGGUUUUAUGUGGAUUUGAAUUUAUGCUUUGGAUUAUUUUUAAUCAACGUAAAUUUAAGAACAGCUGUUAAGAUCAGAAAAAAUCGCAUACCCAAAUAUAAUCGCCUACGUUUGGAGAAACUUCUAAAGACAAAUGAUGACAUUAUAACAUACUUUUUCGAUAUGUUCCGUAAACACGCUGCUCAUCUUGAUCCAGAAUUUGGAACACCUAUUGGUGUGGUAGACUUAUAUAGAAACGAAACGGCGUGGAUAAAUCAUUUACAAACAUUUAACACUCGAUUAUUGAAGAAAACAAAAUUUACCACCAAGAAACAUUUAGAGAGAACGUAUUCUAAGUGGCCUAAGUAUUUGAAAAAAGUAUUCGAUGUUAACAGGAGCCAUUAUCUAAGCCCAGAGGAAUCAGAUGCUUGUUUAAAUUUGCUAGCACAAAACCCAGUUAAUUUUAACAUGAAUUUGAUCCAUUGUCAAGUACCUUACAGUUGUUCUGAAUUGAUCCAGAAAGGGACCAAUUAUGGCUACGAAAUGACGCACAGAUUAUUGUUUUUAUUGGCGGCCCGAUUUUCAAGAGGAUGUGUCCUUCUCUCAGCACUGGAGGAUAGAAAGAUAACAGAAAAGUUGUGCGCAAAAAUGUUUAACGAAGCCGAGUACAUCGCACAACACGACUUUCAGUUACCGGAUUUGAUUACACAACAGAUUUCUCUAUGUAGUCUCGAAGGUCACUCACAAUUUCUUCAGCGAGCCUGGUUAGACGAACUCUUGGAGCUACAAAUAUCACCGGGAUGUUUCAACCUCACCAAAUCUGAGGAAGCUCCUACAGCAUUUACUAUUGUUGAAGAUGUUGGCUGGCAGUUCGUCAAAGAUGAUCAAAUUUUGGGUGGUAUUUGCAAUAGUCAUAUAACUUCAGCCGCUGGAAUAAUGGUAGCGUCAGCCCUUAGGUACAUUAUGGAAAAUUUCUAUUAA